AUGCAAAUAAUCAUUAAUAUACAGUAUUAUACUGUAAACAGUUUGAAAAUAGUGUUCAACACCACAAACAUGGAGUCAAACGGCAGUCAAUCCAUAAGUAUUAAGGAUCUGAAAGCCGGCGAAGAAUACGAUUUUGAAAAAGUGGAACUCAUUAGAGGAGAAACGCCUCCAGAUAUCAAAGAAAAAUGUCUUGAGUUAUGCAAAGAGUAUUUGUCAGACAAUUGGAGACAACAAACAGUGGACACGAUUUCUGUGCGAAGAAUUACCGGCGGUUUAAUGGACACGAUUUCUGUGCGAAGAAUUACCGGCGGUUUAAGUAAUCAAUUAUAUUAUUGCGGAAUCACUUCGCCGUCCAUCGAGUCGACUGCCCCUCAAGAAGUGGCCAUAAGAUUAUACGGAAGCAAAUGGUAUAACAAUUUGAAUUCCGAAGGGAAUGAAAGGCUAACUGAUAUGAGAAGUGAACGGUUGAGUGAUGUGAUCACAUCUCUUCUUCUCUCGGAGAAUAAAUUAGGGAUUAAAAUAUACGGACUCUUCGAUUGCGGACAAAUUCAACACUAUUACCACCACCGACAGUUCAAACUCGAGGAGCAAAAUAACGCAAAACUGGCCGAAGAGUUGUUCCGAAAGAUGGCUCGAAUCCACGCCAUGGAAGUGCCUCUUCGGAAGGGAGAGUGGAUUCUCCGAGAGAUUGAUAUGCAAUACGCGGAGGCAGAGAAGCGCUUCUCAGUCGACAAAUUGGCCUCAGAUUUAAAUCUGGAAACACUUAAAGCUCACGAUUUGAAGACUGAGAUUGAAUGGCUUAAAAACACUGUCCUAAAGCUCAAGAGUCCGCUCGCGUUCUCACACAACGAUCUCUUGAGCUCUAAUAUACUGGUGUUGAAUGAAAAGAGCGAUUCCGGCGAUCAGUUGGUUAUCUGUGACUUUGAGUACUCGAGUUAUGGGUACAGAGGACUGGAUUUAGGGACAGUAGUCAACGAAUGGGGCCGACUAUGGAAUGACUUCCAAUCCGUCCAUCAGUUUGCGGACGACUCGACAAUCAGGCGAUUACUUCAAUAUUAUAUUUCAGAAAAUGAACUCAUUUUCGGUAAGAGUUGGUCCGAUAAUGAGAUCAAUUCAAUGGAUCAACUCAUCAAAGAAGCCAAAGUGAAUUGGGAGAAAAAGAAUACAAAAAUUAUUGGCGAAUAA